AUGCCGGAUGUGGUGCUUCCCCUGGCCUUAGCAAAGCUCUCGGGUCCAGCCGUGGCCACGGCCUUCGCGGGGCCGCAGAACGUGCUGGGCACAGCUCUGCAGCCCUGCGUCCACGAGGGCGGCACGGGAUAUUUCCGUGACAACCUGUGCCAUGCACCGGGGGAUCCCAAUCAUCAUGAAGUCUGUGCCCAGAUCACCCGGGCUUUUUGGCCGGAAAGUGGGCAGGGAGAGGUGGGGAUCUUUGGGAAGUGGUGCAUUUGCGUUCACAAGUUGGGUGAGUGGUUGAGAGGUGCCACCGCACACCAUGGCAUCUCGGGUAUAGAUUGCAGUGCCACCAGUAUUGAAGCCUUGAGGGGGGACAAGGAUGCAGCGCAGUAUAUUGCUCAGCACUGUCCUGGAGUGGCAGAAGCGAACUGCGGUCGUUGGGUCUACAACUUGGGCAGCGAAAAAGUGGGAGCAGCCACCUCCAUUGUCAUGUUGAGUGAGCUGGAUGCCUCUCGAGAUGUGAAGCUGCCGGAUCGAUGGCAGGUGCUCUUUAUCAGAGACAUCUAUGAGCUUUGUAUUGAAGAAGGCUCCUUCCAACUCAGUUUUUCGGAGUGCGAGUACGGCCUAAAGCGCAGCUUGACGUUGGAUCUUUGGGAGUUGGUGGCAGAUGCCAUGCACAAAGUCGUGGAUGGCUUGGGAGGUACACCAACCUUCCUCCAGUUCUUGAAGAAGGCGUUUCCCGGUGCGCAGCCGAAGCAUCUCUCAACCUUCGAAAAUUGGUGUGAACAGUACGAUGAUUUGCAGAAGAGAAGUGUGGAGAUGGAUCUGUUGACCGAAGCCGCUGACAUCUUCGCGCGGAAGAAUGCGAUGCCCGUGCUGCCGCAAGACGAUCAGGUCCGCCUGGAGAAGGAGUUCGAAGAGAUGGACGAGGACGGCACUGGCUGCGUGCCCGUGUCCACCAUCGAGCAACGCUGGGGCUGGGACACGGAGACCUGCCGCGGCAUUAUGGCGAAGUGGGAUUUGACCGAGGACGGUUGUCUCGACAAGGGCGACUUCCUGCGAAUGAUGUGCCCAGAUGGCUAUCGCUUGCCGUCCAUGCAGGGCGAGGACCGAGAUGUUUUUGGCAUGCUCCUCACAGGCAGUAUCAGAUAUUUGUCCGACGCCAUCUCGAAUGAAGAGGAUCUCUUUGCCAUGUCGGACCGGCGCACCUCGCGCUCGGGGCGGAAGCUGAAGCCCAUGCCGUUUUCGCUUCUCCCAGAGAUACCCGAUUCGACGUGGAACUACUGGAACGACCUCUUCACACGCCUGGACUCAGACGAGGACGACCAUGUCGGUGAGCGUGAUCUGCUUCGAGAAGGUCUGCUUUCCCAAGAGGUAGCCCGCCGGCUGAUGCAAAUCAUCGACCCCGAACACCCGGAGAGCUUCACCCGGAGAGGCUUCCUGACCGCUUGCCUGAAGGCCAGCAACAUGCGACGCGCCAAAUUCGAAUGCGGAAGAUGA